AUAUGUAAAACAUGAAGUUAUAAUGCAGAAGCUUUUGGUUGUUAAAGUCCAGUCUGUGCAGGACGGUGUGUUGGGUUUCAGUUCAAAUCAAAUGACGGUUCAUUUAUCAGCAGAACUUUAUAACAGGCUGGACCGUUUGAAUCAGCUGUUCUGGAGCUGAGACAUUCAAACCGGCCGGUCCAGACCGUUCGGGUCUGGAGGUUCUGCUCCAGACCCGGUUCUGCUGACCACCUGACCGUUUCAUCCAGGUGAGCUGAAGCAGAGAUCGACCCAAAACGAGUUAAACUCCCUGUUUUAAAUGAACGGCUCAUUUAAGAGAAAUCUAAAACUCAACACAUAAUAAAAAGUUGAGUAACUUGUAGAACUAAAUGUAUUGAAAAUAACAGCAUAAAAUCAGUUUAAGUUUCUUGUUUUUUACCUGUUUUUAUAGGAACAGAAACAUUUUACUUCAUCCUUGGACCUUCGAGCAUUUCACAUUUUUAUGUAUGUCAAAAUGUUUAUCUUGUUUUCUCAAAUAAAUAAAUCAGUAAGAAGGUUUGAAACAGCGACCCCUGGCGGCAAAACAUGCAGUUUUAACUUUAAUCUCUGUCCAUUUCUGACUAUUUUUGAUCAAAAUCUAAUAAUUUUUCUAAACAUCUGAGUUUCUUUGUGUUUUGGAGGAAACUUUUUAAUCUAUAGAAGUUUCUCUCUCUGAAACCUCAGAACAUUCUAGUUCUCAUCAGUCUGCGGACAUUCUGACGUCAGAGGAAAUCUGAUAAUAUAAAAUUUAGAAUUUUUAAAAGACAUACUUUAAUUUUAUUUUAGAAAUGUUUUGUAUUCAGCGGAUCAAAACUUCAAUCAAUCACAUUUUAUUUGUAUAGCACAUUUCAGCAGCAAGGCAUUUCAAAGAUCUUUGUUAUGUUCCGGGGUUCUCUGGUUCUCUUGGUGGGGUUUUUCCUGUGCGCCUUUUCCACCUCUUACCACCAGAUGGCGACAGGUUCCGGUUGGAGUGCGGUGGUGUCAUCAUCCACAGCUGUCAUCAAUUACCCUCAUCAGCGGAACAUACUGGAGUUGACCGCCAGUCCAGCGUCGCCUGAGUGUUUGCCAGUCACGGUGAUCCCUUUGACACUCUGGACCCGCUGACCAGAUCCUGGCAGUUUUCCUGAUUUCAGAACCGCCCUCGUGACGCCGUGGAAAGUACCCACUGGUUGCCCGAGUUCCCAGACUCACCUCUCCGUUGUUUUACAAGUAUCUCCUGGAUCCCACGGCUGGCGGUCGAACCACUCCUCUGUGUCUCCGUUGCACCCGAGCCUACCUGUCCGUUCUCCGCCGCACUCCUCCAUUGUUCCUGGACCCACUAAGAGACCGAGACCCUGUUCAUAAAGAUGUCAGUGAAUACGUCCAAGCCUGCACCACCUGCUCCAGAAAUAAAACAUCUCAUCAACCUCCGUCAGGUCUCCUACAACCUCUCCCCGUUCCCAAACGACCAUGGUCCCACAUAGCCAUAGACUUUGUUACCGGCUUACCUCCUUCCAAGGGCAUGACCACCAUCCUCUCCAUCGUCGACCGUUUCUCCAAGGCCUGCCACUUCGUUCCCCUCCGUAAAUUACCCACAGCUUUCCAAACCGCACAACUCCUGGUCAAGCACGUGUUCCGGCUCCAUGGGAUUCCACGAGAGAUCCUUUCAGACCGAGGUCCCCAGUUCAUUUCCCAGGUUUGGAAAAGUUUCUGUUCUACUCUUAAUGCAUCUGUUUCUCUCACGUCCGGUUUUCAUCCCCAGACCAACGGUCAAACUGAACGGCUCAAUCAAGACCUUGAGACCACCCUCCGCUGCUUCACCUCCACCAACCCCUCCGACUGGUCCCGAUUCCUUCCUUGGGUGGAGUACGCUCACAACAGCCACGUUUCAGCAGCUACCGGUAUGUCACCAUUUGAAGCAUCCCUUGGUUAUCAACCCCCUCUACUACCCUCAGAGGAAGAAGAUAUUUCAGUCACUUCCGUCCGUCACCACAUUCGCCGUUGCCGUCUGGAACACAAUCGUCCAUAACCUCAACCAAACAGCAGCGCGUAAUAAGCGCCAGGCUGACUGUAAGCGGAGACCCGCACCCGUAUACACCCCUGGUCAACAGGUAUGGCUCUCUUCACGCGACAUUCCCCUCAAAUCCAUUUCCAAAAAACUCUCUCCCCGCUAUAUUGGUCCGUUCCCCAUCGCAGCCGUAAUCAGUCCAUCUGCUGUUCGUCUCCGUCUGCCCGCCUCCCUCCGCGUCCAUCCUACCUUCCAUGUGUCUCAGAUUAACCCCGUCCAGACCAGUACGCUCUGCCCUCCGGCCGAACCCCCUCCACCCCCCUGUGACAUUGAUGGUCAUCCUGCCUACGACGUCCGCCGGAUCGUGGACUCCCGUCGGCGAGGUCGCGGCAGGCAGUACCUCGUCGAUUGGGAGGGCUACGGUCCGGAGGAGCGUUCCUGGAUCCCUGGUUCGUUCAUCUUAGAUCGUUCCCUCAUCUCCGACUAUCGCUCCUCGUUGCCGUCCAGCUCUUCUAGGCCGCCAGGUAGCGACCGUUGAGGGGGGGGUACUGUUAUGUUCCGGGAUUCUCUGGUUCUCUUGGUGGGGUUUUCCUGUGCGCCUUUUCCACCUCUUACCACCAGAUGGCGACAGGUUCCGGUUGGAGUGCGGUGGUGUCAUCAUCCACAGCUGUCCACAAUUACCCUCAUCAGCGGAACAUACUGGAGUUGACCGCCAGUCCAGCGUCGCCUGAGUGUUUGCCAGUCACGGUGAUCCCUUUGACACUCUGGACCCGCUGACCAGAUCCUGGCAGUUUUCCUGGUUUCAGAACCGCCCUCGUGAUGCCGUGGAAAGUACCCACUGGUUGCCCGAGUUCCCAGACUCACCUCUCCGUUGUUUUACAAGUAUCUCCUGGAUCCCACGGCUGGCGGUGGAACCUCUCCUCUGUGUCUCCGUUGCACCCGAGCCUACCUGUCCGUUCUCCGCCGCACUCCUCCGUUGUUCCUGGACCCACUAAGAGACCGAGACCCUGGACAUACUCAGUUACCCUCCAAGAUUCAGAUCCAACCACCACAAUGAACCACUGCUGCCCGUUACCGUUGAUUCCCUGGACCAGACCACUUUGCCACACUCUGAUAAUUGUGUAAUCUUAAUAAAUCACUUAAACUGA